GUAGCGGCUGUGAAAACACACCUCGCCACUGUCGACUUUCUCCGAGCUGACGUACGUAAAAUAACUAGUCGAAAAGUCGCUUGUGAUCAGCACACACGACGGCUGUGAGCACGAGUGCGAAGUUCAAAAGUUUUAAACCCUAUUAAUGCGAUAGGUGUCGCUGUUUUCACCUGUUAAGUGCCAGGCUGUGGUUCCGUCCAGUGAAGUCCGCAAGAAAGAAAGGAGCAGGACAGAUGUCGGAGUCCAGGAGAGAGCAGGAGGGUGGAGUAACUCUCAUUUAACCGCUGCCGAGGCUUUUACUCAACAACUCAUGGACGACUGAAACUUUCAACAACUUUAGAUCGACUUUUUUAAUCGUUUUAUUUUUCAAAUUCACGCUUGUUACCAGUUGCCGAACCAUGACUUCCUCCCUCUAUGCCUGGUUCUGGAGCGAGAGUUUCUGGCUCCCACAGAACGUGUCAUGGGCGGACCUGGAGCAUCCACCACCUGGGGUGGAGUAUCCCCGAGCGGGGCACAUACUGUACGCUCUGCCCAUGUCCGUGGUGGUGUUCAUCUUGAGACUAAUCUUUGAGAGGCUGGUGGCCAAGCCCUGUGCACACAUACUUCAGAUACAGGAGGAAGCACCUCGACAAGUUCAGUCCAAUGCCGUCCUGGAGAACCUGUACAAGUCCAGAACGUCUCCAGACACCAGGAAACUGGAGGCUCUGUCCAAGCAGCUGGACUGGGACGUCAGGAAAAUACAGAGGUGGUUUCGUCUUCGUCGCAACCUGGACAGGCCCAGUACGCUGACCAAGUUCUGUGAGAGCAUGUGGAGGUUUACAUUUUACCUGGGGAUUUUCACCUACGCCAUGAAUCAUCUGUGGACGUCUCCCUGGUUGUGGGACCUCAGACAGUGUUGGCACAAAUAUCCGCUCCAGCCUCUGAGUCCUGGGCAGUACAACCUCUAUGUGGCUGAGCUGGCCUUUUAUUGGUCCCUGAUGUUCUCCCAGUUCACCGACAUCAAACGGAAGGAUUUUCUGAUCAUGCUGCUCCACCACCUGGCCACCAUCGUCCUCAUCACGUUCUCCUACGCCAACAACAUGCUGCGGGCGGGCACUCUGGUCAUGUGCGUGCACGACGCCUCCGACAUCUUCCUCGAGGCGGCCAAGUUGGCCAACUACGCCAAGUACCAGAGGCUGUGUGACGGUCUCUUCAUCGUCUUCAGCAUCAUGUUCUUCAUCACCCGACUCGUCAUCCAUCCUUUCUGGAUCAUCCACAGUGUUCUGAUCCAGAGCUGGGAGAUCGUGGGGCCGUACCAGGCCUGGUGGUUGUUCAACGGCCUCUUGUUGGUUCUGCAGACUCUUCACGUCAUCUGGUUCUACCUCAUCGCCCGGAUCGCCAUCAAAGCAAUAUUUAAGGGAAAGGUGUCCAAAGACGACCGCAGCGACGUGGAGAGCAGCUCAGAGGACGAACCGGACUCCAGUCAGACCCGGAGCACCAAGGCCUUCAGUCACACUGGUCAUCUUAAUGGAGACCCUGCUGAGCACUGAGCCUCAGGAGGAGCCUUAACGUCCAGCACCUGUGAGGCCGGCGCCACCUGCUGACCACAUGGACUCGUUACGACAAUCAAUUCAUUUCUGUUCAUGUUUUUUCCUGAGCAGAGAAACAGACUGGAGGACUUCCUGUGUGAAACACUGACACACACUCUUCACACCAUGUGACCAUGUGACCAUGUGACCAUGGCAGUGAAGUGAGGACUUGUACAAUACUUCACCCCCCCCACCUUCCCUCCCCCACACACGUUCCUGCAGCUAAGAGUAUUACGACACAUAUUUACACACAUUCCUCACUUAUCCCUGCUGGGCCACCUAGUGGUCACAUGUGGUCCUGUCUGUGCUCCAGUCUGUUCCUGCACAGAGAGGAUGUGAUGUCAUCACUAAAUACAGCUUUGAAACAACGAGACAA